AUGCCGGAGAGAGUUCAUGAACUGGAAUUCGAUGAAUUUGAUAAGCUUCUUGGCGAGAUACCUCGAGCUACUGUGACCCCAAACACCGAAGAAUUUGGAGUCUUUGGAUCUUCCAAGAACCCGAAAAACCUCUAUGCAACUCCUGAAAAUGGUACGUUUCUUGAUACCUUCAGUGACGAAAAACUGUCUGUGAGAAGGGUUCAGUUUAUCGAAGGGAAUCUUCUGAACGAUCAAUCAUUAGAAUCUGUUUUUCAAGAUUUGAGCAUCAAAGAUAGGCCGAUUCUGCUAUCUCCAACCCCAUCUUUGGUUAGUUCUUCCACACCCUUCAAUGGGGUUGAUUUCAAUGGUCAAGAACUCGUAGCGAUUCCUAUGAUCCCGAAUCAACAACAGCUGUUCUUCGAUGCUCAGUCGUACUUCCAUCCUUCGCAACCAAAAUCCGAGUCCCAUAUAACUUGGAGGAAUCUUGAAAACGAACGUCACUAUCAUCCCAUGCAAAUGCACCAGUUCUGCAAGAGUUCGCACUUGGAAAGCCAGCCUAGGCCGGUGCAACAAGCUGCACCUUCGUUAACUCAGUUCAUGAGCCAUGGUAUGCAUGGUUCGAACCAAAAGGUUCCUGAAAAGAUACUCACACGGUCACACGGGAUGAACUCUCUUGGGUCUCUAAAGUUCGGUAGCUUUGAACGAAAAGACCCGGUUUCAAGUGGCGUGAACGUGAAGCAACAGCCUUUGCAGAAAUCUGCGGAUGACUUUGGGGAGAGAGUGUACAUCAUGGCGAAAGAUCAACAGGGAUGUCGUUUAUUGCAGAAGAAGUUCGCUGAAGGGACACGUGAAGAUCUCGAGAACAUUUUUCGGGAUGUCAUAUUGCACGUUGUCGAGCUCAUGACUGACCCUUUCGGAAACUAUCUUGUUCAGAAGCUGCUUGAAGUGUGCGAUAAGCACCAACAUAUGCAGAUCCUUCGUGUUAUCACUAGAAAGCCUGGAGAUCUUGUUAGGAUUUCGUGUGAUAUGCACGGGACUCGUGCUGUUCAGAAGGUCGUUGAAACUCUCAAAACUCGUGAGCAAUGUUCGAUGGUUGUUUCCGCACUGAAGCCCGGGAUCAUUGUCUUGAUGAAGAACAUGAAUGGCAAUCAUGUCGCACAACGGUUCCUGCAGUACCUAAAACCCGAAUUCAAUGAGUUUAUUUUUGAAGCUGCGACUGUGAAAUGCAUAGAACUGGCAACAGACCGGCACGGUUGUUGUGUGCUUCAGAAAUGUCUGAGUCAUUCAGAUGGAGAACCAAGAAGGCGUCUGGUUCGUGAGAUCACUUCAAACGCGCUAAUCCUUUCACAAGAUCCAUACGGGAAUUAUGUUGUACAAUAUGUUUUCGAGCUUCAAGUUCCAUGGGCAACCGCUGCCAUUCUUGAUCAACUGGAGGGUAACUGCGGUGACCUUGCGAUGCAAAAAUACAGCAGUAACGUCGUUGAAAAAUGCCUAAAAUACGCACGAGAAGAGCGUCGUAUUUGUAUCAUAAACGAGCUGAUGAAUAAUCCCCGUUUAGAUCAAAUCAUGCAGGAUCCUUACGGAAACUACGUUAUCCAAGCAGCACUUCGUUCUUCAAAGGGAGCUCUACGUGAGGCACUGGUCGAGGCAAUAAAACCCCACGUUCCCGCGCUACGCACGAGCCCGUACGGCAAAAAGGUUUUGUCGAGUAACGGCCUAAAAAAAUAA